AUGUCGAGUUCUUCAAGCAACAACAUCAGAAUGUGCUAUUGUGGAGAUAGGGCUGGAAUGUGGACAUCAUCCAGGUCGGAGGAUGAAGAGAAGGAUUGUGGGUAUUUUCGUUGGAUUGACCCACCACUAUUGAAUAAGUGGUAUAAAGAAAGAAUGUAUGAAUUAGGAGUUGUUGCUAAUGAGGGUGUAGUUGUUCCUUUCAAUAACCCUGUUAAUGAAGUUGAAAUACCUGUUGAUGGCCCUAUUGGCCCUGUGAAUGCCCUUGAACCUGAUAAUCAGAUUGCAAUGCUUGAGAAUAUACAUGUGCUUGCUAAUGAACUUGGAUUCUAG